AUGGUCAUGGAGGGGGAACAGGAAGCAAACCUUGCAGCCUGUUGGGCCUUCUUGAAAACUUUUUUUCGAAACAACAAGACGCCAACACCAUUCCGCUAUCUGACAAAACUUUCGAUGUUCAUCAGAAGUGGCGGCAAAUACCCCAAACUACGUGGCAAAGCUUCAGAAAUUCGCCACUUCGGAAAGGCUUUGCUGGCCUUGUGGAACCAGUUUUCCAAUCAGGCACUUUUGCUGCAUAGGCGUAUAGCAUUGAUGCUAAAGCACAAUGUUCACUUGGAAGACAUGAUCACUCAUCACAAGGAAGACUUCUCCCUUCCCCCGGGUCCUGCCCAGGAAUUUGAGGAAACCGCAAACGGAAUGCUAUUGCUUUUGACUCAGAUUGCAGACCAUUUUGUUGAAGAAGGCCUGAAAGUCUUCGACAUUACAUCGAAAAGCCAUAUGCUUCAAGAAUUGGCUAUUUUGAGUCGAUGCAUCAAUCCCAAAGUCAUUUGGUGCUUUAUGGGGGAGGACCAGAUGCAACGAAUGCAACAAAUCGCCAAAGCUUGUGUUCGUGGAAACAAAGUUGACCAACAAACUUCAAAGCUGGCACGUCACUACAGGUGCAGCGUCAGCUUAGGCAAGCAGAAAGCGUCGGAGGCAGAUUGUGCCUUUGGCUUGGUGGCGUUGAUCCUUCAGACGUUGUCCUCCAUCGAAAAGCACCGCGGCAGUUUCUGGGCGCGAAAGGCGUACAACUUCGCGUAUCGGGUCCUGGCCAGAGCAGGUCCUGGAGAUUGUCGCUGGAAUGACAUGGUCAAUCAUGCAGUGUUCAGCCCCACUGACAUGCUGCUGGGAAUGGAUCCGCGCUUCCAUUUUUGCCCUCCUGGGUCACCGCGGAUCUACAUCUACGACACAGAAAUGUCCACCACCACUCCCUUGUCCUGCGCUCGUUCGGGAUUCUGGGCCUCAGAGGUCUACGUCCAUCGCUUCCUGCAGCGCUCCUGUCGCACCUUUGAUCCGGAGAAGGCGCAGCUGUUCUUCGUGCCUGGCUACCUGACCUGCUGGGAGCUCCAAGCCGCCAGCCCCUUGGCGCGUCAGCAGCGCCUGCAGCGUGCGGCCGAGUCGGUGCGGCAACUGCCGUGGCGGCGACGUCGCGAGGGCUUGGACCAUGUGGCGCUCUUUGGGGCCUCAGCGUGGCAACUGCCAGGGUGGCGGGAUCUGCUGCCGAACUCCAUCGUGUUGGCUGUCGAGUCAGAGCCUAUCGAGUCUGACGGCAUCCCUGAAGCAGAGACCCUUUGUUGGCACUGCAAGGACUGUUUCCAGCCCUGGAAGGAUGUGGUCUUGCCCCCACUGACUCCACUGCCGGCGGCGCGUAGUCUCUUAAAGAAGUCCAAGCCCUUCAUGGAGCGCGAGUUCCUGAUGACCUGGCACGGUCAACAUGCCGAGUCCAGUAAUCCAGCGGUGCGCAGGGCCUAUGAAAUCACCAACGAAACGGUGCGAACCUCCCUGAUCCACAACUUGAGUCAUCUGCCGGAUGUUUCCAUUGGGUCUCCGAUCUCGGACUAUGCUGGCAUCAUGGGCAACGCCAAGUUUUGCCUUUGCCCCAAAGGAGCCAGCUCCUACACCUCGCGGGUCUUUGAGGCGCUCUUCGCUGGCUGUGUCCCUGUGAUUCUUUCCGACCACGUCAGACUGCCCUUUGAAGAGUUGGUGCACUGGAAGGACUUCAGCAUCGCCUGGCCCAUGGACCAAGCUGAUCUUAGCCUCUAUGACUACCUCAAGAGCCUGCUGGAGCAUGAGCUGCCGUACGUCCUUCAGUUGCAAAAGAGAGCGGCGGAGGUCAGGUGUUGGUUCGACUACUUCGCGCAAGAGAAGGCGCAAGCCAAUGGGUGGAGCAAGGCCAUGGGAUCGUCUUUUUACCUUGGAAGCCGAACAAGGCAGUUGUGUGUGUUUUCUUGA